AAACGCGAAGGUCAAAACCCAGGAAAAAUCGAAAAGACCCAAAAAAAGAGAAAGAAAGAGCGAGAGAGCAUUGACUGGUUUUGCAGCUGCCUCCGAUGGCAAUGACGAACUUUAGGGUUUUCUUCCUCGCCCUCCUCCUCCUCCUCGCUUCCCCUCUCCUCCACGUUGCCAGGUGUCAAUCGGAUGCAGACGUCGAUGUUGCAGAGGCUGCUGAUGAAGGGGGUGAACUUGGAAUUGUCGGUGAAGAUGUCCAAGAGUUUGGAGAUGAAAACUUCAGUCCCGCUCCGGGUGUAAACACAGUUUGUGUUUUCCCGAAAAACAGCGCAAAACUGGUACCAGCAGGAGAAGAGGCUGAACUGCUUGUUGGGUUAAAAAAUGACGGAGAUUUAGAUGUCAACGUGAUUGCCAUCAAGGCCAGUGUUCAUCUUCCCUUUGAUCAUCGCAUGUUGGUUCAAAAUCUAACGGCUCAGGGUUUCAACAAUGCUUCAGUUCCAACUUCUGCUCAGGCUACCUUUCCCUAUAUUUUUGCUGUCAGCAAGUACUUGCAGGCUGGAAAUUUUGAUCUUGUGGGCACCAUCAUCUAUGAGAUAGACCAGCAACCAUAUCAAAACACCUUUUACAAUGGAACAAUUGAAGUUGUUGAAGCUGGCGGUUUUCUCAGCGUCGAAUCUGUUUUUCUUGUUACUCUGGGGAUUGCCCUUCUUGUCCUCCUUGGUUUAUGGAUUCGUGGGCGGAUACAGCAACUCUCAAAGAAAACCAAGAGGGCACCUAAGGUUGAAGUGGGAACUGGGACAACUGAUGCCUCAAUGGAUGAAUGGCUUCAGGGAACUGCUUAUACUCAGUCUCAAGCCAGCAAGUCAAAGAAGAAGAAGUAGAUAGGCGUUCUGCAACGUCAGAUGCACAAAGCAUGAUAAUUUGAGAAGAACAGGUUAGUGAGACUCGCACUAGGCAUUGGGAUUUGGAUAAUUGGAGAGAGCAGGAGUUUGAACUGGUUCUCGGAGUUAGAUUUACAAAAGAUCUGCUUAGAAGUUGUAGCAUGUUGAAGAAUACUUUUUAACAUUUCUUGUCAUUGGAUAUUCUUGAAGUCAGAGGCUCUUCACCGGGAACUUGUAUUUUUGAAAUAGGGAGGAAACAGUUGCUCUUGAACCAAGAGUUUUUCAUAGUCACAUGCUUGUUUCGCUAA